ACACACAACCUGCUGCUCACAGACUGCUUUCACUCUGGCCAUGCCUAGACGCUCGCCGGAGCUGGACCUUGUGCUUAUGGUGUGUGCUGGAAUUUUUAUGUUUUUGUUUUGAGAAACCGUUAUGGGAAACAGCAGUGGGUCGUCUGUGGAGGAACUUCAAGCUUGUGAGAGUCAUCAGUGGUACAGGAAGUUCAUGUCAGAGUGCCCAUCAGGACUUCUCACAUUUUACGAGUUCAAGCAAUUUUUUGGCCUGAGGAAUCUGUCGGAUACUUCAGAUGCCUAUGUGAAGACUAUGUUCGCAACGUUUGACAUGAAUGAUGUAAGAUGAUUUAUUCUCUUCCAGUGUGAAAAUGUUUCUAUAACGCUACUGUUUUUCCGACUGUAAAUGGUCUCUGUUUAUCUUUGCUCUUGUAUAAUGAAAUCAAAGUGUUUAAGAAGUGUAGUCUUUUAAAAAAAAGUUGGUUUGUAAUUCAGUGUUGCAAUGAAAGAUAUAUUGUAUAUGCAGGUCAAUGGUUUUUAAAAUGCUGCUAGUCUAAUUAAAUUGAGUCAUAUAUUUUCAAUAUACCAGUAUAGCCAUAGAUAUAACUCUACUAUCAUUAAAAAUAAGAUAAUAAUCCUGACCCUCAUUUGUGAACCAAGAAAACAUGCAUGUUGAGCUGUUUGUUUUUACUUAUUUUCAAAACCAAUUACAAACAUGUCAUGUUUAUGAGCUGUGUAAGCGAAACAGAUGCUCAUUUUCAUUAAUAUUCUUGAGUUUGUAUGUGUAUUUUGCUUGUGUGUAUUUUUGUGUUUUCCUGAGAGGAAAGUGGUCCAUGUUAUUUCUGCUAAUAGAAAUCUGUUUGAGAGCACCUUAUUCUAUUAGUGAGGGGGGCUAAUCCCUCAGACUCUGCUUACCCAACUGACCCACAGCCUUGAAAAAGAUCCACCUGAACCACAUUGAUUUACUGACAGUCCAACACAAUUUCUGAAUUUAUAGAAAUUAUUUUAAUCCAGUUAUUAUAAAUACUAAUUUUAUGUUUAUCUGGGGGCUACAGCAGUCGUGUCUUUAUUUCACUGCUCUCUGGUUUUUUGAUCUGGAGUAUGUCUCAAAUGAAUGACCACGUUAACAUGAUCAUUUUUGUUUGUGCAGGAUGGCUUCAUUGACUUCAUGGAGUAUGUAGCUGCCCUGAGCCUGGUGCUGAAAGGAGGCGUGCAGCAGAAGCUCCGUUGGUACUUCAAACUGUACGACAUAGAUGGGAGUGGGUGCAUUGACCGUGAUGAGCUGCUUCUCAUAAUUAAGGUGAGCUUAGCAAGCCACGCUAAACUUGACUUAGAGAUUUGUGACAGACGAAGGUAAAUCCAAACAUUGUCCCGGAACAACCCUGUGAGACCACAAAGGUCUAAACAACAGACAGACAAUCCCUUGUUGGGCUUGCUCAAGGCCUGUGGUGACACAAGGAGGCAAACUGCUGACACUUAGCUGACAUCUAGUGGUGGGUAAAUGCAAAGCAACAACUCUGAGGUGAAUGUCUUUUUAAAUUCCCUUUAUUGUGUGUCAUGCUUAGUCCAUCCGUGCAAUCAAUGGUUAUCCUUAUGAGAUGUCAGCAGAGGACUUUGCCAACAUGGUGUUCGACAGGAUCGACAUCAACGGAGAUGGUAAGUGUUCAAUCAGAGAAACUGGGUUUGGAUCAAGUGAAGAAAUCUUGAAUAUUUCCAAGACUGAAGUUCGGCAUGUGUGUUUGUUUUCCAGGAGAACUUUCUUAUGAAGAGUUCAUGGAAGGGGUUCAGAAGGACGAAAUGCUGCUGAAAACUCUGACAGAGAGUUUGGACCUUACACACAUCGUCAAUAAGAUUCAAGGAGAGAUCAGAGGAAAUCAAUGAAAUUUUCCAGCAGGGAAGUCAGGCUGCGGAGAAAGGGUGCCCUAAAUGACAACUCGUUGGGGUCCAACUUGAAAUGUGCACGCCCCUGCAAUUCUUAGUUGAAUGGACCUUGACAUAUGUAUAUAUUUUGUAAUGUUUUUUCAAUGUGCCACAACUGAAUGACUUGAGGUGGGUUCAGGAUGGCCCACAAACUACUAUCAAGACAGAUGGAUGUGGAGUAAUGUGUGGCUCUCAUAAUAAUUGACCCUUAUGGAUUCUGAACCAUUCAAAGUUGUAUACAGUGAAGAGAUUUAGUUGGUCUCAUAGGGCCUAUAGUUUCCAAAAUUCAAUGUAACAAAAAUCCAGCUGAAACAAUUUGAACAAGUCUACAUCAUAAAGACAAACAGCAUCAGUGUUCAUCCAUGACACACUGCAUGAAGUGCCAAUAUUUGUAUGCUGUUUGAUACGAGACUGUGUGUUUAGGUAAAAGUAGAAUUUGUGAUCGUACAAAAAAGUCUCCAACAUUUUCUUUCACUUUGACUCAUUACAGAAAAGUGAACAAUGAGGUUGCUUUACUGGAGAGUAUGUAUGCUUCAAAAUAAACUCCAACACUUGUUUUAACAAAA